UCGUCCUUCUGUGAGCUUCUCCUCUGAGUGUGACGACGAGCGACUGGCAGAAGUCGAGGUGCCGGCGGGAGAGGAGAAGAAACCGAAAAGAGAGAGAGGGAAAGAGGAAACUAACAGAAACACAGAAGAAGAAAACAACGAAACGAAAUACAGAAAAGAGAAAUACGGAUUCAAACACCCUGUGAAACACGUGACUUCGAAAAAAAAAAAAAAAAUCGAAUGUGUAUAUUGAACGAUGUAUCACUUGCAUUUGUUCUACACAGUGACUGAAUGACUUCCUUAGACGAAAUAAAGCGUCUUGUCUCCAGGAGAAUGUGGCUGAAAAAGAUGUGUCCAGCCGUGACUUCAUGACAAAAACCCACUUUGUUGCUUUCCUUUAAAACUGGUGCUUGCAGUUGAGAAUCAGAGCCAAAGAGUCUUCUCACGCCCUCGCAUUUAUGUUUUGCUUCGCAUUUUCUAAAUAUAUAUAAAGAUAUAUAUACAUAGUGUAAUAUUUAGCUUUAUAUUAAGUUAAGUCCGAUUCUACAGUGCUAUUCAUUUGCGUAAGAUUUUAAAGAUAGAAAGCGAGAAAAGAAAAAGAAAAGAAUCGAGAAAAUUAUCAUAAAACAAACAAAAACAAACGGACAAACAGAAAAGUAAACAAACAAAACCCAAUAAUAAGAACAGAAUUCCCAGCAACACAAACGACCCUCCAGAGAAUCCACAAUGGACGAGAAACAAGAACUUCUUCCCGGUCUGAACCCGCGAUACAGCUCUCUGGAACUGAGACAAAGUUCCACGCCUUCGGACAGAGACAGCGGGGGCAAAAAUAAUAGACAAUCUGACCAGAGUGGCAGCGAUUCCUCGGUGGCCGUGGGGGACGAGGACCAGAUCACGUACUCCUGGCACAACGUCAACGUCUACAGCAACCCGAGGGCGAGGACCAGCAGGUCGCUCUUCAGCAGGAAAAAGCAGGAGUCCAGCGAGAAACACAUUCUUAAAGAUGUGACGGGCAUCUGUCGUCCCGGCGAGCUGCUGGCGAUCAUGGGGGCGUCGGGCGCGGGCAAGACGACGCUGCUCAACGUUCUCACACACCGCAACAACGACAAGCUGCGCAUCGUCGGCGACCUCUUCGUCAACGGCCACCGAGUGGACCCCGACUCCCUCACCAGCCGCUCCGCCUACGUGCAGCAGGACGACCUCUUCAUCGGCAUGCUCACCGUCAGGGAGCAGCUGGUGUUCCAGGCCAUGCUGCGAAUGGACCGCCACCUGACGUACGACCAGCGAAUGUCCCGCGUGGAUGAAGUCAUCAGUGAGCUUGGCCUGAUGAAGUGUGCCGACACGAAGAUCGGCGUCCCGGGCAGAAUCAAGGGGAUUUCUGGGGGAGAGAUGAAGCGACUUGCCUUCGCUUGUGAGGUGCUGACGAACCCACCUCUCAUGUUCUGCGACGAGCCCACCUCCGGCCUGGACUCCUUCAUGGCCCAGAACGUGGUGGCCGUCAUGAAGAACAUGGCCGAGCGGGGCAAGACCAUCAUCUCCACCAUCCACCAGCCCAGCUCCGAGGUCUACGCCAUGUUCGACCGCGUCCUCCUCAUGGCCGAGGGGCGCGCCGCUUACCUGGGCGAGGUCGACGCCGCCUACCAGUUCUUUAACAGGAUCGGGCUGCCGUGUCCGCCCAACUACAAUCCGGCCGACUUCUUCAUCUCGACGCUGGCCAUCCAGCCGGGCAAGGAGGACAGCUGCCGGAAGGCCAUCGCCAUGAUCUGCGAGGAGUUCUCCAAAUCCGAGGAGGGCAUCAGCAUUGACAAGGCCGUCCUUGAGAACUCGAAGGACUCGGAUGCAAACGGCUACAGCAGCCUGGCAGACAUUGAAGUCAGGAAAUCUCCUUACAAGGCAUCGUGGCUCAAGCAGUUCCGAAGUGUGCUGUGGAGGUCAUGGCUGGAGGUCAUCAGGGAACCCAUGCUGAUCAAAGUCCGCUUCGCUCAGGUCAUGGCCAUCGCACUCCUCAUCGGCAUCAUCUACUUCGGCCAGACACUCACGCAGGAGGGAAUCACCAACAUCAACGGCGCCCUCUUCCUUCUCCUCACCAACAUGACUUUCCAGAACGUCUUUGGAGUCGUUAGUACCUUCUGCGCCCAACUACCGAUCUUCCUCCGCGAGCAUUUCAACGGCAUGUAUCGCACAGACGUCUACUUCCUGUCCAAAAUGAUCGCCGAGAUGCCCUUCCACAUCAUCUAUCCCUUCGCCUUUGUGGCCAUCGCUUACCAUAUGGUUGGCUUUACUGAUGAUUACGUGAAUUUCUUCAUUUCUGCCGGCAUCGUUAUUCUGGUGGCUAACAGUGCGAUUUCUUUCGGUUACAUGAUUUCGUGCAUGUCGAAGAACCUGAGCGUUGCCCUUGCAAUUGCAGCGCCACUUAUCAUUCCUCUUAUGCUGUUUGGUGGAUUCUUCUUGAACAGCGGCUCAACCCCCAUUUACCUGACGUGGCUGAAGUACCUCUCCUGGUUCAGCUACGGGAACGAGGCCCUCCUCCUGAACCAGUGGCAGGGCGUCAAGUCCAUCCCCUGCAACACAAACCAGACCUGUUUUCCCAACGGCCAAGCAGUUCUGUCCUUCUUGCAUUACGAAAACGGAAGCAUCACCGUCAACGUCUUCUGCCUCAUCGCCCUUAUCGUUGGCUACCGGAUCUUGGCGUUUUUGGCUCUCCUCACCAAGACCUUUAGGAAACAGUAGUAGUUCGUACUGCUUCGCCUACGUUUCCCCGAAAGGCCUAAACUCGCUGGUGUUUCGAAGCUCCGAAAUCAUUUGGGGUUCAUUCUGUCCCCAAGCUUUCAACGAGCGAAAUGUCCGAAGUUUAGACUAGUCUGCAUUUCCAAAAGUAUCGUUAGUUUAAUUGUUUUUUUUUUCUCUCUUCUCUAUUCGAGAAUACUUUUGCAAUGGGAAUGUAUUCAAAGGCUUUAAACUUUCCCAGAUUUUUUUUUCAGGUCAGUAGCCAGAAAAAAAAAUAUACUGACGUUUACUCGGACAAGGGAUCUAGAUUUUCUAUUGUAUUGGCAUUUUAUACAUUGUAAACAUCGCAUUAUAUGCAAAAUUAAAGAAAGACAGUUGACAAAUGACUAAUUCAUCGAAUGUAUGAAAAGAUCUACUGUUAACUCAUUUUGUUAUAAAAAUAAUAGUCUGACCUUG